CUUCAAAUCACCUUAUCGAGAUUUCAGUUAUCCCUGACUUGAUCAAAGAAUACAGGAAAUUAUUUAUCAACUUGCGAAAGAUACUGCUAGCACGAUGUCAUCAAACCUGUCUAGCAAAUCUUCCCCAAUUGUCAUCCUUGGUGCAGGUGUCUUUGGUCUAAGCACGGCCCUUCACUUGGCAGAACGCGGCUACAGCAACGUCAAAGUUCUUGACAAACAACCAUAUCACGAUUCUCAAUAUUCUUAUGAUAAAGGAUGCGAUGCUGCCUCAGCGGACAUCAACAAAAUCAUCCGUGCUGCAUAUGGCAAAGAGAUUUGGUACCAGAAUCUCGCACUUGAUGCCAUCGCCAAGUGGAAGAAGUGGAAUGAUGAGCUGACGGCCGGGAAACUCACACCUCCUGGCCUUUCCUCGUCUGACAAGUUAUUUGUCAAUAACGGAGUUCUUACCAUCACCUCGGAGUCCUCAUUGUCCGAGUUUGACAUAGACACCAUCGAGAACAUGACCAAGGUUGGCUUAGAGCAUACACAGAUCGAUCUCAGCAAGCCGAAGGACGUUGAAAGGGCAAAGUCUCAAGGAUUUGAGUUCGCUCUCAAUGCUUUCGACCUCAAAGACAACUCCGCCCUUCUUGAUACCCAGUCAGGUUUUGCAUACGCUGACAAAGCCUGCCGCUUUGCACUUCACAAAGCACAGACUUUGGGUGUACAAUUCAUCUUCGGAGAAUCGAAGGGAAAGUUUUUAAGCUUUGUUGGGAACACUGAUUCACAGAUCACUGGAGUCAGAACGGUUGAUGGGAUAGUUCAUCGAGCGGAGCUGACGAUCAUGGCUUGCGGUGGCUGGACUCCUUCGCUUAUCACGCAACUUGACAACCUUUGCGAGACUACAGCGGGAAGCGUGGCGCUAUUUCAGCUACCACCCGAUAAGGCUUUAUGGGAUCGUUUUGCGCCUGAGAACUUCCCAACCUGGUCAUAUAACAUGCGCCAUGGCAAGUACGGAGGGCUUUACGGUUUUGCACGAGACGCAAACGGUGUUGUCAAGAUGGGAUAUCGCGGCACAAAGUUCACAAACCCCCAGACACAAGCAGAUGGCACAGUCAGAAGUGUACCCAAGACUCGAUGGACGGAAGAGUCAAUCCGUCAACUUCCACUUAUCGGCGUGAGAGUCGUCAAAGGCUUUGUGAAAGAGUUCCUCCCCGAGCUGACGCAAUGUGAGAUGAGCACUCGUCUCUGCUGGUACACCGAUUCAUACGACAACCAUUUCGUCAUGGACUUCGUACCUAGCACAAAGGGUCUGAUGGUUGCAACGGGCGGUAGUGGACAUGGCUUCAAGUUUCUGCCCAAUCUAGGUGAGCACGUCGUGGAUAGGAUUGAAGGUAAGAAGAAUGAGUAUCUGGACUUGUGGAGGUGGAGGGUUUUGGAAGCUGGUGUAAAGCCGUUUAAUAGUCUGAUGGAAGGUGUCGGCAGUGACCGUUCACUUCAACAUCAGGCCUUUACGACAGUUGACGCUUCGUCGAAGCAACUUAGUCGACUUUAAUUCAGGCAGGUCGCAUAGAUAGGAUAAAACUACCAGAAU